AUGGGCCCUGUUGAAACGAAUCCAUUAGUAUCACAACAACAACAACAACAACAACAACAACAACAACAACAGCAACAACCUCAAAAAUCAAAGCGAAGAUCCCAUUCAAAUGAACGACUUUCAAGAGAAAAUAGUCGACAAAAAUCUCGAAGAACUGCUCGUUCAAGAAGUAAUGAUCGAGAAUCAUCGUCUUCGAGCAGCGAUAAUGAUCGUGAAGACGACAAUGAAAGUAUGGAUGAUGAUGAUGAUGCGAGUGUGAGUGAUCGAAGUUCAAGAGGCGGCUCAGCAAAUAAACAAUCAGCUGGAAUUCGAUGGGAUUUUCGAACGAAUCUUAUUGGAAAAAGAAUCAAAGAAACAAAACCAUUGUGCUGUCUAAGUUGUCGAUAUCCUGUAUUACUGGUCGGACGAUUAAUGCCUUGUAAACAUGCAGCUUUUUGUUUACAAUGUGCCAAUAAAUGUAAAAAUGAUCGUAGAAACUGUCCAAAAUGCAAUGAUGCAAUUACUGAUGUCGAAAAAAUUGAAGCAAAAAAUCUUAUUCUUUGUUAUCAUGGUGCACAUCUACACUCGCAAGAUGCUUGUCUUCGAGGUUAUACAUCGUUACGUGAUCUUCAAGCGCAUGUACACCGACGUCAUGAACAACCAACUCAAACAGGACAAUCACGUUUGGAUUCUCCACAUCAAUUACUGCCUCCAACACAUUCACCAUUGACUACUUUUCCUGGUCUUGUGGUCGAUGCAACACAACAAUCACAAGCAACUCAGUUACCUCCUCCACUGAUGAACUUUCCGCCAAUGAAUGUUUCGAAUAUGGCACCACCGCCAUUAUUUGACAUGGGCUAUCGUCCACCAAAUUAUGGACUACCACCACAACAACAGCAAUUUAUGCCUACACAACCACAGUAUCGACCUCCACCUUAUCCACCUAAUCGAUCAUUCUAUUAG